GAGGAGAAAGCUGUUUCUCGCUAGCCUUGGGUCUCACGCGCCAUGGCGGCCUCUGUCCAGCAGCCUCCUCGGUCUAACAGUGGAAAGCGCAAAGGGAAAGCUCAGUAUGUGCAGGCCAAGCGGGCGCGGCGCUGCGACCGCGGUGGGCCACCGCAGCUGGAACCCGGGCUACAGGGCAUUCUCAUUACCUGCAACAUGAACCAGCACAAGUGCGUGGAGGAGGCCUACAGUCUGCUCAAUGAAUACGGCUACGACGUGUACCGGCCGGAAAAGUUUACAAAGAUCAGCAGCCCUCUGGAAGUGAGGCAGAAGAUGAUGAUGUGGAGGCUGCCUUGAAGAAAGAAGUUGGUGACAUUAAAGCAUCUACGGAGAUGAAGCUAAGAAGAUUCCAAUCAGUGGAGAGUGGAACAAAUAACGUAGUCUUCAUCAGGACACUUGGGAUAGAACCUGAGAAAUUGGUACAUCAUAUUCUUCAGGAUAUGUAUAAAACCAAGAAGAAGAAGACUCAGGUUAUUCUAUGAAUGUUACCUAUUUCGGGCACAUGCAAAGCUUUCUUAGAAGACAUGAAAAAAUAUGCAGAAACAUUUUUGGAACCCUGGUUUAAAGCUCCAAACAAAGGGACAUUUCAGAUUGUAUAUAAAUCUCGAAAUAACAUCAACAUGAAUAGAGAAGAAGUUCUCAAAGAAUUGGCAGGAAUAGUAGGCAGCCUGCCAAUUCGGAAAAUAAAGCGGAUCUUACCAAUCCACA